AUGUCCCCAAACUUUGCGCUACAUGAAAAGACAUUGUUAUCCAAUGAAAUAGACGAAAAGUCACGGAGGAUUUUUCCGUCCUCGAAUGCAGAUGGACAAUUGGAGGUGUUGGAGUUAUGGCAAGGGGGUGAUACACGGCUCCUUCGGAAUCCCUCAGAGCUGACUGGUUACAAAGAGACCGCCAAUGGGAGUUCUCAGUUGUAUAUUAUUCGACAAAAGCGUACCUGGGCACCCCUGAACAUUUCGCGCCAAUUUCUGGAGCGCUUUUUAUCGGUGCAUAACGUUUUUGAGCUGUUUUGGAAAGUUGCUUUUGCAUUUAGCAAAAAGUCUUGUGAGAAUGAAUUUGAUUUCCCGGGCUUCAUCAAUAGACAGACACGUUCAGAAGAACAGCGGAAAGCAUAUUAUUACGAUUACGAUGAGCUUUCCUAUGUCGUUCGAAGAGUCGAGUUGAAUGGACGCUCAGAAAUUCCUGGACAAUCACCAUGGUCGAUUCGUCAGACCGGUCUCUACCAUAAACUCCAGAGCCGACGAGGGAAUAAUGAUAAUGAUGAUGAUGGUGAGAAAUCAACCUACCUUGCUAUUGCACCGUCCGAUUCUUUUCUGGAAACGCUCGUCCAAUAUCAAAAGCUCGCUAUAGAGGAGAGACAAAGGCCCUCGCCAUGGCAUAUCCAUUGGCUCCUCAUGACAGACAGCCUUCGCGGAUGGGCCACUUAUAUAUCAUGGUUAGAAUCAGAACUCCAACAGCUGACAGAACCGAUUUUAUUGGCCGAGGCUGGAUUAGAUGAGACCCAAUUUCGUUCUGACGGGUUUCAAGUUACCUUUGAGGACUGUCAGAAGCUGAAACAAUUGGACGGGUAUGCAAGCGACUUGAAAAUAAUUUUGGGUAUAAUGGCCCAGAAUUGCAUUGGGGUUAAAGAGCGAUGUCUACGUUACUGUAGGCAGACAUGUUAUUCAUCCAAGAAUAGAUGUAUUUGCUCAGACUACCUGGACGAGUUUGACCGCUACGUCAAGGAGAUCAAGCUCCGUAUUAACCAAGCAAGCAUUCUCCACCGGAGGAUCCAAUCUACAAUGCAACUGUUGACAAGUUUCCUCGACUACGAAGAGGCAAAUGCAUUGAACAUUCUCGCUCAAGAGUCGAGUAAGGAUAGCAAGAAGAUGUCAAUAUUAACGCUUCGCAACACAAAAGAUGCUAUUGCAGUCAAGAUUCUUACAAUCAUCGGGUUGGUCUAUCUUCCGACCACGAUUGUCUUGAAUUUUUUUUCCACCGUCUUUGUCAAGUCGGCGGAUGGAACCCAAGAUAUGCAAGUUUCACCGGAUGUGUGGAUCCUCGCUGCGGUUGCCAUCCCAUUAACCGGCAUGACGAUUGUCUUAUGGUGGGCCUGUUUACGUUUUACUACUCCAUUAUUGAGAGAGGUUGAAUUGAGGCAGAGCAAGGGAGCUAUCGCUAGCAAACUACUGGAUCGACUUUGUCGGCGCCGGAAAAGGGGGGAAAAGAAUGACCUCGAGAUGGGCCGUGGAAUAAUAUCAUUGCGACAGGGGAAAUCAAGUUUCGUACCAAUUGUUGCUACCAGUGACUCAUGUACACCGACUUUGGCAGGGAGUUAAAUAAGCCUUUUGAUUCCUUUCUUCCCCCUGGAUAAGCUUUCACUACCC